AUCCUAAUCAUGGAGCAACCAAACCCAGCCUAAAGUGAGUGACUCACCACCUUCCCCUUGUUCCGGCAACUCCUUUUGCCUCCCAACAAAGUUCCACAAAGGAAGAGACGCCUAGCUGCUAGGUGCAUUACAUAGAGCUACCAUGCCGUGUCCUCCUCCAAUGGAUGCAGGUAGGAGUAGUCAAGGCAAGAAGACGAUGAGCAGAGGAGCUGGGAAGAAGUCUUCUUCUUCUUCUUCUUCCUGGGUGGCCAGGUCCAUGGGGUUCUACCCUUCUUCCUCCUCCGGCAACAGAGCCCAACCAGCGGCGGCAGUGCCAGCAGUUACAGAAGGCAAGAACAGUGACAAUGACAAGAGCAGCAAGAAGAAGAGGAGCGUCAGCAUCAGCCGAAGCAUGGCCUGCGCGAGCUCCAUCUGCAGCACCAAGGAGAGCUCGGUCCUGAGCCGGGACCGUAGCGGCGGCCGCAGCGCAUCGAGCCGGUCCCUCAGGGCCCCCGACGUCGACGUCGACGCCGUGUACGCCGCCUCAGCCGCGGCCGUCUCCGCGACAUCGUCCUUCAACUCGGAGGCCACCGCGGCGACCUCCUCGUCGGCGACCACCGUCACCUCAGCGUCCUCGCCGCUCUCCUCCGCGCUCUCGUCGCCGGUGUCCUCGUUCGGGAGCUCCUUCCGCGGCAUGCCGAUCAGGAAGCUCUCCGGGUGCUACGAGUGUCACUCCGUCUUCGACCCCCGGAGCUUCGCCGCCGCGUUCCCCUGCACCGACUGCGGCGAGGUGUUCGGCAAGGCAGAGUCACUCGAGCUCCACAAAGCAACCAGGCAUGCAGUUUCAGACCUGGGGCCCGAGGACACGAGCAGGAACAUCGUGGAGAUCAUCUUCCAGUCAAGCUGGCUGAGGAAGCAGGCUCCCGUUUGCAAGAUCGACAGGAUACUCAAGGUGCAGAACAGCGACAGGACGGUGAAGAGGUUCGAGCAGUACAAGGAGAGCAUCAAGGAGAGGGCGAGCGGCGAGGAAGGCAAGAAGAACGCACGGUGCGUCGCCGACGGCAACGAGCUCCUCCGGUUCCACUGCACCACCUUCACGUGUUCACUCGGCGCUGGCGGCGGCACCGCCCUGUGCCAGGCGCCGGCGACGCAGUGCAAGCUGUGCGCCAUCAUCAGGGAUGGUUUCAGGGUUGAUGGUGAUGGGAGGAUUGCGACAAUGGCGACGAGUGGGCGUGCCCAUGACAUGGCGCAGGGGAUUUCUGACGGCGAGAAGAAGGCAAUGCUGGUGUGCAGGGUGGUUGCAGGGAGGGUGAAGAAGGCCAGUGAUACAAAACCUUCAGAGGACUAUGACUGUGACUCUGUCAGCCCCAGCUCAGAGGGGGUCUACUCAGAUUUGGAUGAACUAUUUGUGUUCAAUCCUAGAGCUAUUCUGCCCUGCUUUGUAGUCAUAUACAGUGGCUAUCAGGUCAUUGCCAUAGCACAACCUAGUUAUUAGUGUUUUCUAUUAUUAAUUUUUCUCUAUUUUCACUGUGUUGUUGCUACCAUAAUUCUACCCAGAUCAUAAAAAGCAUAGCUUCUGGCUGCAAAUCUUUACUA